UGGGUUUGCUGUGGUGGUCUUGUCUCCUGCAGGACCGGGCGCAGCAUGGACACUCCCAGGCGGUUUCCGACGCUCGUGCAACUGAUGCAGCCAAAAGCAAUGCCAGUCGAGGUGCUUGGUCACCUUCCUAAGCGGUUCUCCUGGUUCCACUCUGAGUUCCUGAAGAAUCCGAAGGUAGUUCGCCUUGAGGUUUGGCUGGUGGAAAAGAUCUUCGGCAGGGACCGAGAACGCAUCCCGCACGUCCAGGGUAUGUCCCAAAUCUUGAUUCAUGUGAAUCGGUUGGACCCUAACGGCGAGGCUGAGAUCUUGGUAUUUGGGAGGCCUUCUUACCAGGAGGACACAAUCAAGAUGAUCAUGAACUUGGCUGACUAUCACCGACAGCUCCAGGCGAAAGGCUCAGGAAAGGCCCUCGCCCAGGAUGUCGCCACUAAGAAGGCCGAGACCCAGCUGUCUUCAACAGAAGUCCGGGAGGCCGGGACCCAGCGUUCGGUGGAGGUCCGGGAGGCCGGGACCCAGCGUUCGGUGGAGGUCCGGGAGGUCGGGACACAGGGUUCUCCGGAGGAGGUGCGGGAGACCGGGACCCAGCAGUCUCUCGAGGCUGCCAACCAGUCGGGGACCCAGCGAUCCCCCGAAGCUGCCAGCAAGGCAGUGACCCAGCGGUUUCGCGAGGAUGCCCGGGCCCCAGUUACCAGAUUAUGAAGGCUUCUCGAGCCCUGGAGCCAGAGCCAGUCAGGGGUUAAAGUGAAAGCCCGUACUUCGCCCAGAAGCUGCGGUUGGGAGGAGGAUGAUGUAGAUUUUUUGUUUUACCCCUUCUGUUGAAUGGUUGCAAACACAAACUUGAGUUCUAAUAAAGAAUUGCAAACUGGAAGCCGCCCCCUACUUC